ACCGCCUUCUGUAGUCAGCGGAGUUGAAGAGACAAGUCAUUCAAAAUGACAGCAGCUACUGAGGUGGUUGCCGAAUCCUCCACAUCGGCAACUAAUACGUUCUAUUUUCUUCUCAUUCCUGCACUGGUACUUUAUUUUAUAUACUGGAAACUACAAAGAAGAAGAUUUGUGGAAUUGGCUGAAAAAAUUCCUGGGCCUAAAGGAUAUCCUAUCAUUGGAAAUGCAUUGACAUUUUUGGGCAGUUCUCUGCAAAUAACAGAAAAUUUUUUACAACUAUCCUUUGAGUUCACCAACAUCAUGAGAGUGUGGAUUUUUCAUAAGCUAGUAGUCUUCAUUUGUGAACCAAGGGACGUUGAGCUUAUACUGGGUAACAGCACACAUCUUGAUAAGUCUGAGGAGUACAGGUUCUUUAAGCCAUGGCUUGGAGAAGGUCUACUCAUCAGUUCAGGCCAGAAAUGGAAGUCUCACCGUAAACUCAUUGCACCCACAUUCCAUCUUAACGUUCUGAAGUCAUUUGUUGACCUGUUCAAUGCAAACAGCAGGGCUGUAUGCAACAAAAUGGCCAAGGAGAAUGGCAAGAAUUUCGACUGCCAUGAUUACAUGAGCGAGUGUACAGUUGAAAUUCUUCUAGAGACUGCUAUGGGUGUAAGCAAGAAGACACAGGACAAGAGUGGCUUUGAAUAUGCUAUGGCAGUCAUGAAAAUGUGCAACAUUCUACAUCUAAGACAAUCAAAGAUUUGGCUGCGACCAGACUGGCUCUUCAACAUUACCAAGUAUGGCAAAGAGCAAAUCAAUCUUCUGGACGUAAUUCAUGGACUCACCAAGAAGGUUAUCAAGAGGAAGAAGGAGGAAGCAAACAGUGGAAAUACGAACUAUAUCGAGUCUUCACUUAACCCUGCGGAGAAAACAGUAUCAUCUGUAUUCAAGGGUCUGGGAGAUGAUCUGGAUGAACAGGAUGAAAACGACGUUGGUCAGAAGAAGCGGCUGGCAUUUUUGGACUUGAUGAUUGAAAGUGCGCAGAAUGGCGUAGUUCUUACGGAUGAGGAAAUCAAGGAGGAAGUUGACACCAUCAUGUUUGAGGGUCACGAUACAACUGCAGCUGGCAGCAGCUUCUUCCUGUGCCUGAUGGGUCUCCACCAAAAUUAUCAGGAAAUGUGCGUCCAGGAACUCAACCAAAUCUUUGGUGACUCUGAUCGACCAGCGACUUUUGCCGACACUCUGGAGAUGAAGUUACUCGAACGUUGCCUCCUGGAGACUCUACGAAUGUACCCCCCUGUGCCCAUCAUUGCCAGAAAACUGCAGGAAGACGUCAGACUAGUUUCAAAAGACAUCAUAAUACCCAAGGGAACUACAAUUGUUGUUACUACCGUCAAGACACACCGUUUAGAGACUUACUGGGAUAACCCGGAUGUAUUCAACCCUGACAACCAUCUACCAGAAAAGUCUGCUGACAGACACUUCUAUUCGUUCAUACCCUUCAGUGCUGGCCCUAGAAGCUGUGUUGGCCGCAAGUACGCAUUACUGAAGCUUAAAAUCAUAUUGUCAACAAUCCUGAGAAACUUCAAAAUCUACUCUGACGUGAAAGAAGAUGACUUCCGUCUCCAGGGAGAUAUCAUUCUCAAGAGGGCUGAUGGUUUCAUGAUUAGGAUGGAGCCACGCAAGAAGAAUAUUAUGGUUUCCUAAACAAUAUUUUAUCUCAAGGUCAAUUUAUUUGAAACCAUUCGUUAAUAUCUACAUUAUUACCAUCCGUAACAUACAGGGCUCUUGAUCGGACCAUCCAAACAGCUAUUAAAUACGGUAUAGAAUGGUGAUGUUUCAUAAUAUUUGUUUAUUCUUUGUAGAAAUUUGGAUGUAUUGGUUUUGUCUAUAUACAAUUCUAUUAAACUUCUAACUUGCGAAGUAACCUUAACUCAAACAGCUAUAUUUAGUGGGUAAAAAGGUGGCUGUACUACAGUUAAUUGGAAGUAGGAAACGGUUAUUUAUUUAAUUUCAUUUUAAUGUAUAUGAGUGUAUGUAUGAAUAUAAUAAAAUAAAUCAACCAGUCA